AUGCCACAAGGAAGCGGUUUCCACCCAUUUGGUGGCAGGGUAUCCAAGCAUUUCGGCGAUACGCUUUCUCCUGAAGAUCCAUAUCUGAGUUUGACAAGGGAAGAUGUUGAUACGCUGAAGAAUGACUGGCUCACGGAUAAUAUGAUAGCCUUUUGGCAAGAAUAUCUCGAGAACGAAUAUCUUAAAAAAUACCCGUCCUCGAAUAUCGUCCUCCUCCGACCCUCCAUGUCCUUUAUGCUAAGAAUGCAACCCGACCCCGCUGCGCUCCGUUCUGCUCUUCCAAAUUUCGCACGCACAACACACAUCUUCCUGCCCAUAAACGACAACCGCAACGUCUCGCAGGCAGAAGGCGGAUCUCACUGGUCACUCCUCCUCGUCUCGGUUAUCGACGGCGUAGCCUUCCACUAUGAUUCGCUCUCAGCAUCGAAUUUCGAAGAAGCGCGCAUGACGACACAUAAGAUGGCUCAACUGCUAGGUCGACCGUUGAGUUUUCUCAAUCUGCAAGAUUCGCCGCAGCAGCAGAAUGGUAGCGAUUGUGGGGUUUACGUGUGUAUCAUCAUGCGCCAUUUGUUGUUAAAACGAUUGUUGGCCGCGAAUGCGAAGGAAAAGGUCAGUAUGAGUAUGGGGGGAAAAUUGGUGGAUGCGAAUGGGGCACGGAAGGAAAUGUUGAAGAUUAUCGAGGGGUAUAGGAAAGAGGGAGAGAGAAGGAGAUCACACGAUGAAAGUCGCAGUUCCUCCCCCUACCAAAAGAAUAAUCGAAGUCCUCCAAGAAUCGACUCAUAA